AUGAAGGAGCAUGAAAUGGGAAUUCCACCUUUGUUUAGGUGUCCAAUAAGCCUGGAUUUGUUUAAAGAUCCAGUAACUUUAUGCACAGGCCAAACCUAUGAUAGAUCCAGUAUUGAGAAAUGGUUGUCUUGUGGGAAUUCAACUUGUCCUGUCACAAUGCAGAAGCUUCAUGACUCAUCUAUUGUGCCAAACACCACACUUCGCCAUUUGAUCGAUCGAUGGAUCCAAAUAAACUACAGUAAAGGUUAUGAUCUUGAUUGCUUUCAAACAGUUGAUGAUUCAUUUGUCGUGCUCAAGCACAAUCUUCUGUCAAAGAAAGUUGAAGCGCUGGAGAAAGUUCUUGCUUUAUCAGAAGAUCUUCCUUUCGAAAACUGUCCCUUGAUUCAACUAGAUUUCUUCCAAAUGGUUGUUGAAUUAGCCUUGGAAAAUGCAGUUGAAGAGAAUCUCAUGUUUGUGGAGAAAGCAUUAGUUUGUGGAUUGAAGUUGCUGCCAUUUAGUGACUUGGCAACUCUAAACAUGCUCAAAGAAGAUGAAUCAAAGUUCACAAACUUGUUGUUUCUGUUCGAGAAAGGUACUUUCAUCAUCAAGAAAAGUUUGUGUCAUUUCAUCUCAGCAAUUUCAUCAUCCUUGCAGUUGAAAGAACUUACAUCUAUGUUGGGUAAGUCCAAGAUUCUUAUUCAACAACUCGUUCAUCAUAUCGACAACAAACUAGAUGGUUUCGAAGAAUCAAUCAAAGCUCUUUCAGCAUUAUCUUCUGUCGAAGAGAAUCGCAAAGUUAUAGCAAAGGAAAAUGCAGUUAAGUCACUCAUAACAUACAUUGUGAGUGCUCCAAAGUGUCAAUACACAAGCUUAUUUGCACUAGUUAUGGCAAUGAAAACAAUUGAGACAUUGUUAGUUGUAGAAAGUGCAAAAGAGGAAGUUUUGGAUCAUCCAAAUGGUGUAAGUGAAAUUGUGAAGAUGGUGUUUAGAGUAUCAUCAGAUAAUGCAGCAAGUGAAAGUGCAGUGAAUUGUUUGAUCAUUUUGUGUCGAGAUUUCAAAGAUGUCAGGGAGAAAGCUAUUUGUUGUGGAAUAUUGACUAAGUUGUUGUUACUGCUUCAAAGCCAAUGUAAUGGAAGGACCAAAAAUAAGGCUAGAAUGUUGCUCAAGUUGUUGAGAUCCAUGUGCAAUGGGGACCAAAAAUGA